CAGCGACACAGCCAACGGCAGUUCUCUUCUAUAAAAUCAGAAAUUCACAGAAAGAAGAGCAGCGAACGGGACGGCAUCGAACCUCCCGAGUACCCCUCCGUCUGCGAUCGUCUCUCCGUAAACCCUAAAUUCUACCACCACAUCAAUUCUUCACCUCCGUUUGUUUGAUUUCUCUCUCCUCUCUCCGAAAAGAUUCAGCAUUGUCAAGCAAUGGAGUCGUUGAUCGAACUCUGCGAUCUGAUCGCUCAAAAUCCUUCGCAGUUUGCUGAUAAAUUGGCUUGGAUUUGUGGCCGAUGUCCACCAAUUGACUCUGUUCCUGCCGGAUCUUUGAGGGUUUCGAGGUCACAGCUUAAUGCAGUUCUCGCCACCGCUAGAUUUCUUUCUAAAUGCCCAAAUUUCGACGACACGAGACCCAAAUCGGCAGUCCUAGGUUUUUUUCGUUUGAUUCCGUAUUCUUUCGCCCAAUCUUUUUGGCCACAGUCGUUUGGAAGCGAUUCAAUCGCUUCGUUCUUUAACGAUUUCUUGAGUUAUGUGAAUAUAGCCAGUGAGUUGUCCUUGGAUUUUGCCAUGGCCGUUGCGGAGUAUACGGGAGAGAUUGUGAUGUCGGCGAUUUACAAUGUCAGUGGAGAUGUGGGGGUUUCAAGGGUUUUCUUGAAUGCUCUGUCGCAGAAUUUUCCUCCAAUUCUUCCUUCCGAUGCAAACAAAUUAGUGUCCACUCUUCUAGAUCGAUUUGAAAUUUCAGUUCCUAGUUCACCGAGGGAGCUAGUUUCGGUAACACCUGAAGCGUCAUCGUUUCAGAGUUCGCCGCUCAGUGCAAACCAUUAUCAAUCAAAUGAGAGAGCCAGUCCAGGAAAUGAGGUCAGCAAUGCCUCUGGUUCUUCGAGCGGUGAGGCUUCAAGGGUUACAGAUGAGGCGAUUAGUGCAUCGUCGUCGAAAGGAUUGGUGAUGAAUGGGGGCAGCCUUGCGUGGAAGAGCAAUGUGGAUAUAUUUGGUUCUGGUGUUGGGUUCAAUGAUGGAGGAGGAGGCGGUUCCUCGACGUACAAGCGAGUGGUAGCCUCUUUUGAGGAAGAGCCUGUGGAGAGCAUUCAACAACAGGAGAUUGCUUUCAAGCUGAUUGGGCACAUAUUGGAUAAAGUCCAGAUUGAUCUUAAGCUUUUGGAACAAGUGAGGGCCAUAGCAAAGGAGCAACUCCAAUCAAUGUUGGCUUUCCUAAAGCGUGACUGGACGGAACAGGGACAGUUACUAAAAGUUAGAAUCAAUACAAAGCUGUCGGUUUACCAAGCUGCAGCCAGGUUACAAAUCAAGAGUCUUUCAUCUGUUGAUUUGGAUGGGAAGUCAUCGAAGAGGUUGUUGCAUGGAACUUUGGCAUUGUUGAUAGAAGCUGCUGAAGCAUGUUUAUUCUGUGUCUGGCGAAAGUUGAGAAUUUGUGAAGAGCUCUUCAGCUCGUUGCUUGUUGGGAUUUCCCAAAUUGCUCUCACUCGUGGUGGUCAGCUGAUGCGUGUCUUGCUCAUUCGCUUCAAACCCCUUGUGUUAAGUACAUGUGCUCAGGCAGACACUUGGGGCAGCAGCCAGGGUGCCAUGUUCGAGAGUGUUUUGAAGACAAGUUGUGAGAUAAUCGAGUUCGGAUGGAGCAAGGACCGGUCUCCUGUGGACACUUUUGUAAUGGGAUUAGCUACAAGUAUUCGUGAACGAAAUGAUUAUGAGGAAGAGGAGGGGAAAGAAAAGCAGGCAGUUCCGGUUGUGCAGCUUAAUGUUAUCCGCUUACUAGCUGACCUGAAUGUUAUUGUUAAGAAGCCUGAAUUGGUGGAUAUGAUAUUACCACUCUUUAUUGAAAGUCUAGAAGAGGGCGAUGCUUCGACUCCUGGCUUAUUGCGACUCCGACUUCUUGAUGCUGUUUCUCGCCUGGCGAGUUUAGGUUUUGAGAAAUCCUAUCGUGAAGCUGUUGUUUUGAUGACACGAAGCUACCUGAGUAAGCUCUCCAGUGUUGGAUCUGCUGAAAGUAAAACCCUGGCACCAGAAGCCUUGACAGAACGUGUUGAGACUCUUCCUACAGGAUUCCAUCUGAUUGCUAGCGGUCUUACCAUUACUAAAUUGAGGUCCGACUAUCGUCAUCGUUUACUAUCUUUGUGCUCAGAUGUAGGCUUGGCUGCGGAGUCUAAAAGUGGAAGGAGUGGAGCAGAUUUUCUAGGACCUCUACUUCCUGCUGUGGCUGAAAUAUGUUCAGAUUUUGAUCCUACUGUAAAUGUGGAACCUGCACUUUUGAAGUUAUUUCGCAAUUUGUGGUUCUAUGUCGCUCUCUUUGGGUUAGCACCUCCAAUACAGAAAACUCUGUCUCAGAUAAAGUCAGUUUCCCACAAUCUGAAUAGUGUGGGGAGCAUGGGUGCAAUUGCUCUUCAAUCAGUAGGUGGGCCAUACAUGUGGAAUACUCAGUGGUCUUCUGCUGUUCAGCGUAUUUCUCAAGGGACCCCACCUCUUGUUGUUAGUUCUGUGAAGUGGCUUGAAGAUGAGUUCGAACUCAAUGCUCUUCAUAACCCUGGUAGUCGCCGCGGGAGUGGCAAUGAGAAAGCUGCUGUAAGCCAAAGAGCUGCUCUUUCUGCUGCUUUAGGAGGGCGAGUUGAGGUUGCAGCAAUGAGCACUAUAUCUGGUGUCAAGGCAACAUAUCUCCUUGCAGUUACUUUUUUAGAAAUAAUACGCUUCAGCAGCAAUGGCGGCAUCCUCAAUGGUAGCCCUAGUUCAAAUGCUUCUAGAAGUGCUUUCAGCUGUGUCUUUGAAUACUUGAAAAGUCCAAAUCUUAUGCCGGCUGUGCUUCAGUGCUUGACAGCAAUUGUCCACCGUGCUUUUGAAACAGCAUUGCUAUGGCUGAUUGUGAAAUCUGGUUUUGGGAAAUACACAGUUGUGCAAACAGCUCUUUUUGGACUUGUACUUGAGUUCUUUGAUGAAAUGUUUGAAAGGAAUGCACUGUCUUGGGGGAUGGUGGUUGUUUUGAUUGGGGUGGUGGAAGAAGAAGGAGAGGAAAAAGAAAAAGAUGAAGAGCGACUGAGGGACAGAUUAGACUGUAAUCUUCUUAUCUUAGGGCCUAAAAUUUUGUUGGAGACGGUGAAAAACUUCUUGUCUGAAAAAUUCUCCGGUCUGAUUUUCUUUUCUAUUGAAACUGGGCAAGGCUUCUUGGAUGCCUCUGUUAAAAGGAUGGGAAUCUGCAAAGGAUUUACUUAUCAGCUGCUAAUUGGUUGGGAGGAUCGGAUGUCAGAGACUGGAAAUGAAGCUGAGAUUAGAGAGUCUACCCUGUCUGUUCAUACCUGUUUUCUCAUAAAAAGUUUGUCACUGAGGGAGGAGCACAUACAAGAAGUCUCGAUGAACUUGUUAACUCAACUCAGAGAUAAGUUUCCGCAGAUCUUGUGGAAUUCCUCUUGUCUGGACUCCUUGUUAUUUUCGGUGCAUAAUGAUCCUCCUUCAGCUUUCAUCAAUGAUCCUGCUUGGGUUGCUACAGUUCGCUCUUUGUACCAAAGAAUUGUUCGGGAAUGGAUCAUUAUUUCACUUUCAUAUGCUCCAUGCACUAGUCAAGGUCUUCUCCAGGAGAAGCUUUGCAAAGCAAACAAUUGGCAAAGAACGCCACCCACAACCGACGUGGUUUCUCUUUUAUCCGAGAUACGGAUUGGUACAGGUAAAAAUGAUUGUUGGACUGGCACGAAGACUGCUAAUAUCCCUGCAGUUAUGGCGGCGGCUGCUGCUGCGUCAGGAGCGAACUUGAAGUUGACUGAGGCAUUCAACUUAGAGGUGCUCAGUACGGGUAUCGUCAGUGCAACGGUGAAGUGUAACCAUGCUGGAGAAAUUGCUGGCAUGAGGAGGUUAUAUGAAAGCAUCGGCGGACUUGAUUCUAACCCUCUACUGAUGGGUUCUGGGCUUAAUCUUGAUGUUCCAACUUUGGGAUCGGGAGUGUCUCCUCAACAGCCACAGUCCAAAAAUGAUUCAUUUAAUGAGAUAUUACUUACUAGGUUUGUGCAUCUGCUACAAAAGUUUGUUAACAUUGCAGAGAAGGGUGGGGAAGUGGAAAAGUCACCAUUUCGUGAAACUUGUUCCCAAGCGACUGCAUUACUUCUCUCAAAUUUGGGUUCAGAUUCAAAAUCAAAUGUGGAGAGCUUCUCACAACUUCUACGACUUCUCUGCUGGUGUCCAGCUUACAUUUCCACACCUGAUGCAAUGGAGACUGGUGUGUUUGUUUGGACAUGGUUAGUUUCGGCUGCUCCUCAAUUGGGUUCUCUUGUCCUUGCGGAACUUGUUGAUGCAUGGUUGUGGACAAUUGAUACCAAACGAGGACUUUUUGCAUCUGAAGUGAGGUAUUCUGGACCUGCUGCAAAAUUAAGGCCUCAUCUUGCACCUGGGGAGCCAGAACCGCUGCCUAAAAAAGAUCCUGUUGAACAGAUUAUGGCUCAUAGGCUGUGGCUUGGAUUUUUCAUUGAUCGUUUUGAGGUAGUUCGGCAUGAUAGUGUUGAGCAGCUCUUGCUUCUUGGUCGGAUGUUGCAAGGGACUACGAAACUUCCCUGGAACUUUUCACGCCAUCCGGCUGCUACAGGGACCUUCUUUACUGUCAUGCUUCUAGGGCUCAAGUUCUGUUCAUGCCAGUCUCAGGGCAAUCUGCAAAAUUUCAGAACAGGGCUUCAGCUGCUGGAAGACCGGAUUUAUCGGGCUUCUUUGGGUUGGUUUGCACAUGAACCUGAAUGGUAUGAUAUAAAUAACAACAAUUUUGCCCAAAGUGAGGCUCAAUCUGUUUUUAUAUUUGUUCAUCAUCUUUUACAUGAGCGGGUGGAUGCUCCCCAGCUUGAUUCAAAAGGACGAGGAUAUGAAAAUGGGAGCUCUUUAAUUGAUGUGAAGGAUCAAUAUCACCCUGUCUGGGGCCGGAUGGAGAACUAUGCUGUUGGGAGAGAGAAGCGGAAGCAGCUCCUUCUGAUGCUAUGCCAGCAUGAGGCUGAUAGGCUUGAUAUCUGGGCACAACCUGUUGGCUCAAAGGAAAGUACAUCUUCUCGGCCCAAAAUUAGCUCUGAGAAAUGGAUGGAAUACGCAAGGACUGCCUUUUCUGUGGAUGCCCGGAUCGCUCUCUCCCUGGCUGCAAGAUUCCCAGCUAACACAUCUCUGAAGGCUGAAGUGACCCAACUGGUGCAGUCACAUAUAUUGGAGAUACGUGGCAUUCCUCAGGCUUUACCAUAUUUUGUCACUCCAAAGGCAGUUGAUGAAAACUCAACAAUUUUGCAACAGCUGCCUCACUGGGCUGCUUGUUCAAUUACGCAGGCUCUUGAGUUCCUUACUCCCGCAUAUAAGGGCCAUCCACGUGUCAUGGCUUAUGUUCUCAGGGUAUUGGAGUCUUAUCCUCCUGAUAGAGUAACCUUCUUCAUGCCCCAGCUGGUGCAGGCUUUAAGAUAUGAUGAAGAGAGGUUAGUAGAAGGGUACUUGCUUAGAGCUGCUCAAAGGAGCGACAUAUUUGCCCACAUUCUGAUAUGGCAUUUACAGGGUGAGAGUUGUGUGCCAGAGUUGGGGAAAGAUGCAGCCCCUGGGAAGAAUAGUUCUUUUCUAGCUCUCUUGCCUAUUGUGAGGCAGCGAAUCAUUGAUUGCUUCAGUGAGAAGGCCCUCGACACGUUUCAACGAGAAUUUGAUUUCUUUGACAAAGUCACAUCUAUAUCUGGUGUACUCUAUCCACUUCCGAAAGAGGAACGACGGGCUGGUAUACGGAGGGAGUUGGAGAAAAUUCAAAUUAAUGGAGAAGACCUUUAUCUGCCUACUGCUCCUACUAAACUUGUCAGGGGUAUACAGGUUGAUAGUGGAAUACCCUUGCAAUCAGCAGCCAAAGUGCCUAUUAGGAUCACAUUUAAUGUGGUGGACCGAGAAGGAGAUCAGAAAGAUAUAAAGCCCCAAGCUUGCAUUUUCAAGGUUGGAGAUGAUUGUCGGCAAGAUGUACUUGCUUUACAAGUCAUUUCUCUCCUUAAAGACAUCUUUGAAGCAGUUGGGAUAAAUCUAUAUUUGUUUCCUUAUGGAGUUCUCCCGACUGGCCCAGAAAGAGGAAUUAUUGAGUCGAAGCUGAAUAUAUCCGAGUUACUAGACUUGAAGAUGAUUUUUGGCCAGCCUUGCUUUUGUUAA